AUGAGCCAAGAUAUCUCGACGUAUCGAAGGUCUCCAGCGGUUGGAACGACUGUGCGCCGCCGCGUGUUGACCGAUGAGAUCCGUCGUCAGAUAUGUGCCGACGCCGAAGACGACCCGACCCUGAAGCAAGGUCAAUUAGCGGUAAAACAUGGCCUUGAACGGAGCACGAUUUCCAAAAUCCUCCGAAAGCGGGACAAGUACAUGAAUUUGCAGUCGGCGGGAAAGACUUUUAUCUCGGAUGGAGACUCGCAGGCCCUCACCAAACGACUGGACCUUGAGAAGACUUCUCUGCCUUCCCCUGCCGGCGGGGUCGAAAAUCAACGAGACAGAGGCCUACCUAUCACGACUGACAGUCUCCAGGGGCGGGAGCAAGGGGAACGAUUUUCAACUACCGAGGCUGGCCCAGCGAUAGUCUCCCAUGCUGACCUACUCGAGACGUCUAGCCGACGCAAGGAUGAUCAUACUACGCAGAAAAGCGACGCCGAUUCGACGUUGGCAGAUUCCGGCACAGCCUCAGUCGCGCAGACUCCUCUUAGGAGCACUCCGGCAUCUUCCUCGGACAUCUUGCUUGGUAGCACUCCGACCUCGCCGGCCGCCGAAGACGACAUCAUGCGAGCUCUACACGCCAUGAAAGCACUGCUGGAUCGAAAUCCCGGCGUAGCCAGUUCGGACGAUUACGUGGCGGUCGGAAGAUUACAGGCCAUCCUCCAAGUCCUUCUCGGAGAAAACGAACGAAAUAUCGACCUGGCCGGGCAGCGUACGGUCGGGAAACAGCCACUCAAGAAGGGACCGACAGUCCCGAGACUGGGCAGCCACGGCAAAGAUCAACAUGACACCAGCAGCCUUGGUGUGUAG